UUUAUAAUUUUUAUAAUUUUUAUAACACAACAUGAGAGCUUGUCUUUAUAAUUUCGCGGGGUUGCUAAAAAAGCAGCAAAAAAUUGAGAAGUCGGAAACAGUAAAUUUUAGGACCCUGGUGCCCGAGGACUUUGAAGAACUUUCCAGUUCUUCUUCCUCUGAAUCAAAUCGAGGAUCUUCAAUCCUCAAUUUACAAAAAAAGAAAGAUGUCUUGCCUCCAGUUGUAAGCCAGGUCACCACCCUUUUAUGUGAAGCAGAAUCAAAAGCAACUUCAAAAGACUUUGCCAAGUCGGUGGAACUAUUAGAAAAAGCAACAACGUUAGGAAGUGCUUGCGCUGCAGCAAAAUUAGGUUUAGUUUACAGGGGAGGAGUUUCAGAUGUAAAUCCAGAUUAUCCUUCUUCAGCGGCUUAUUACCUUUUAGCUCUUAAGCUAAUUUAUAUGAUCCCAAAUGAAAAAUGGGAUGUAUCCCUUUUAUUAGAGGUAAUCGCGGGAUUAUCGGAGAUUUUUAGAAAUCAAAUGCAUAGAAAGAAGGAUGACGAUAUCUGGAUGACCGGAAUUCGUGCCAUGAGACACAUUGAGUCAACAUUGCAAGAUCCCGCAGUAAUAAAGAAAUUAAGACAAAGCGAUUUUCAAAAAUGUCGGGCUAUAAGAAUACAUAUUAAUUAUUGUUUAGCCAUGACAGCCGAAGCUGAUCAAGAAUAUGACGAAGCGAUACGAUUAUAUGAAACUUGCAGACGAAUUGGAGAGUGCAAUUUCAAAACUGCAAACAAGUUGGUGAACAAGUCACAAUCAAAAAUGAAGGAGCUCAAGAGCAAAAUUCCAAAAGUGAAGCCAAUCUGUGUAAGUUGUGACUAUGAGCCUAAAGAGUUAAGUGACAUCUGGAAAUUGCUAGUAUGUAGUAAAUGCCAAGUUGUCGCUGCAUGUUCCAGAGAAUGUUUGACGGCUCAUUUGGCAACACACAAUAAAAAGAGCUAAAAUUUAGCUAAAAUUAAAAAAAGCGGAAGGGGAAGAGGUUGGGUUGGUCAAAAAAAAAAAAAAAAAA